AAGGCGCUUGGAGAGACGCGCGGCGAGGAAGAGUUCCCGCUGGGUGAGUGGAGUUUUGCCUCCCUCAGCUCUCCGAGGCUGAUCCCAAAAAGUUUUGCCAGAACUAGGGUCCCCGAAGCAAGUGACAGAUACCAGCUCGUCCUGGGGAGGAGACAAAAGCGCUCGGGUAUCCGUAAGAGCUGACGGGGAGCAAACCACCAUGCGCUUUGCCGACGCGUCUUUGGCCCGUUGCCUGCUGCUGCCGUUGCUCUUGGGAUCCUGCUGGGCCCAAUUCCACGGAGAGAAGGGCAUUUCUGUCCCCGACCAUGGCUUCUGCCAGCCUAUUUCCAUUCCGUUGUGCACUGACAUUGCAUACAACCAGACGAUCAUGCCCAAUUUGCUGGGACAUACCAGCCAAGAGGACGCUGGCUUGGAGGUCCAUCAGUUCUACCCUCUGGUGAAGGUCCAGUGCUCCCCGGAGCUCAAAUUCUUCCUCUGCUCUAUGUAUGCCCCUGUGUGCACUGUCUUGGAGCAAGCCAUUCCACCUUGCCGAUCCAUUUGUGAGAGGGCACGCCAAGGCUGCGAGGCCCUCAUGAACAAAUUUGGCUUCCAGUGGCCAGAACGACUGCGCUGUGAGAACUUCCCCCGCCAUGGGGCAGAGCAGAUCUGUGUAGGACAGAACCAUUCAGAGGAAGGUGGCUCUCCAGCAUUGAUUACAAGUGCCACUCCAAUUGCUGGACAAGGUACUGCUGGGCCACCACGUUAUGCCACUCUGGACCACCCUUUCCACUGCCCACGAGUCCUUAAAGUGCCCAGCUACCUCAACUACAAGUUUCUUGGGGAGAAAGACUGUGCGGCACCAUGUGAACCCACCAAGAAUGAUGGGCACAUGUUCUUCAAUCAAGAGGAGAUUCACUUUGCACGUAUCUGGAUUCUCAUCUGGUCUGUUCUGUGCUGUGCCUCUACUUUCUUUACUGUCACUACCUAUCUGGUGGACAUGCAGCGCUUUCGCUAUCCAGAACGACCCAUCAUCUUUCUCUCUGGCUGUUACACCAUGGUCUCUGUAGCCUAUAUUGCAGGAUUUGUAUUGGAGGAACGGGUGGUGUGCAAUGAACGUUUCCAAGAUGAUGGUUAUAGGACAGUGGUGCAGGGUACCAAAAAGGAAGGCUGCACCAUACUUUUCAUGAUGCUGUACUUCUUCAGCAUGGCCAGCUCCAUCUGGUGGGUCAUCUUGUCCCUCACUUGGUUUCUUGCAGCUGGCAUGAAGUGGGGUCAUGAAGCCAUUGAAGCCAACUCGCAAUACUUUCACUUGGCAGCCUGGGCUGUGCCUGCUGUCAAAACGAUCACCAUCCUGGCCAUGGGGCAGAUUGAUGGUGAUCUCCUCAGUGGUGUCUGUUUUGUGGGGCUUAACAACAUAGACCCACUUCGGGGCUUUGUUUUAGCUCCCCUCUUUGUCUACCUCUUCAUAGGCACCUCAUUUCUUUUGGCAGGCUUUGUGUCACUUUUCCGUAUCCGUACCAUCAUGAAACAUGGGGGCACCAAAACAGAGAAGCUGGAGCGUCUCAUGGUGCGCAUUGGGGUUUUCAGUGUCCUCUAUACGGUGCCAGCCACCAUUGUUAUUGCUUGUUACUUUUAUGAACAAGCCUUCCGUGAGCACUGGGAGCGGAGCUGGAUUAGCCAAAACUGUAAGAGUUUGGCCAUUCCAUGUCCACUUCAAUACACCCCACGCAUGACCCCUGACUUCACUGUCUACAUGAUCAAGUAUCUCAUGACGCUGAUUGUGGGCAUCACUUCAGGUUUCUGGAUCUGGUCUGGGAAAACCCUUCAUUCCUGGAGGAAGUUUUAUACCAGGCUAACUAACAGCAAACAUGGGGAAACUACAGUUUGAGAAGAGAAAUGGAGGAAGAAGAUUGCCAGCUCCAGAAUUUCAAGAAAACACCAGAUCUGCCUGCAUCUCCCUCCUUGAGCUGAUUCUGUUUGUAUGUAUGAGGAGAUGUUCUUUGGAAAACCUCCCUGCAAUUUGGGAAAUGGGGCUUCUUUACUACAUAAAGCUGAAAACUCCUCUGACAAUCGGAGAGGCAAAAAAGAAAAACAAAGGAGAAAAACCCCCCAAGUAUUUAAAACUCUCUCAUUUUAAUUAAAACAAGUUCUAAACUUCUUUGCUUUAGGUUUUUAAUUAACUAUUAAAGGGUGUCUUUUUGUAAUUAAAAUUGUAAAUAGCAUUUGUAAAUUUAAUUAUAUAUUUCUAUUUAAAAACAAGUAAGAGAACAGCAGCAAGGACGUUAUUUUUCAGAAAAAGUAUGGAGGGGUCAAAGAAAGAAAAACUAUUUUUUUCAUCCUCUUUUCUUUGAAUUCUAUUUUUUACCCUUUUUCCUUUUCUUUCUCUCUGGAGCCAGGAGUGUGUGCUGUUUAGGUUGGCCCUUAAUAGGCUAUUUUUGCCUAAGUUUUUCACCAGAGCCAGGUUUUGUAUCACUCCCAGCACCCAACCCACCUUAAACAUCUUCCAUCAACUAAACUCCCUUUUGCAAGCUACAGUUUUUGAUAGAUUUCCAGGAACACUUCUUUCCAUCUCUUUUUUUCUUUUCCAGGUUGAAAGUUUGGCAAGCAAUCUUCUGUCUGUGAAAAAUAUAUUUGGGGUGGGUUGGGGGAAGAUGGCUGAGCCUUCUCGCCUUUGCUGAAAUUUGGGCCUUGGCUGUGCAGAUUUUCUUAUGUUUAUUUCUUUUAGAGAAUUAUGACCUCCAAGAAAGUUUUUCUUGCCUUAAGCCGCAGAAUUCUCUUUGUUACAUUUGUAUGUUUCUAUUUUUUCCUAGAUGUUUUGUACAAAAGGUAGCUUUUUAAAAAUGACAUUUCCUUUAUUAAACAAACUUGUUCUUUGCAAA